AACUGAUUUUCUCAUCGACCAUGCGCACAAGGAAACCUAAAUCGGCGGAAUGGGGAUCGGAGACGUCGAGAAGAUGGUAGCCGUAGGCCUCAUCUGGGGUGCCACAAAUGCCCUUAUGCGUCGAGGCGCACUUAUAUCAGAACAACAAAUUCUUAAGCAAAAAUCAUCAUCAAGCAAAACCCACAAAAACCCAAUUCUCAAAACCCUGAUUGACUGGUUUAAUCUCCUUUUAGUUUGGCAGUACUCUGUUCCUUUCCUCGUAAACCUAUCUGCUUCCGCUACUUUUUUCGCCAUUCUAAGUGACACACCGAUCUCUCUUGCUGUUCCAGUCACCAAUGCGACGACAUUCGCUGCCACCGCCGUGUUUGGGAUGUUGCUCGGUGAAGAGACGCGAGUUGGGUUGACUUUGUUUGGAGACAUCCACCAGUUUCAAGCUCUUGCCCUAAAUCUCCUAUAAUUAGCCACAAAAGGUGCAGAAGUCCGGUCAAUUUUGACCAAUCCACCUCUAGUAGCCCAAUUAUCAGCAUUCCAUAAACUGGAGUAAACUCUCAUCCCUUGUUGAUUAGGGUAUGGAAUGCUAUUCCGAUCAUCAAAACAGUAAUCACCAAAGCUUGAGAACAUGCCAUUUUCGAUUUGUUGAAUGUUUUUCUUCUUUACUUGGUUGGUGUUUUUGUUGGUUCUUGAUGUGGGGUUAUAUAGGCAUUUGGGUCCCAUUGUUCUUUUGACUUUCUGUUUUGACUUGUCCUCCAUUUUGACAAUUCUUGAAUGAUUUCUAUUGUAGUUGUCAACAUUUUUCUUUUAAAAAGUUUUUGUUUUUAACAUAUAUGAUCAAUAAGUAAUCGAAGAAUAUUUUAGUUUUGUACUGCA